AUGUUCCUUCAGGGGGUCAUCAUGACAUGCACCUCCAGUUCCGUCUGCCACAAACUUGAGGGAAGGGGAGCAGGGAAGGGGGCGAGCGAGGAGAGGACGGGGACGGGGACGGGGACGGGGACGGGGACGGGGACGGGGACGGGGACGGGGACGGGGACGGGGACGGGGACGGGGACGGGGACGGGGACGGGGACGGGGACGGGGACGGAGAGUUGUUGGUGA